AUGUAUUUUUACCUGUAUAAAUAUGGUUUCUUUCUAUUUUUUAUUACUAAAUUAAUGAUACAUUUAAGAAGGAAUGAUUUUCCUAACUAUCUCUGUUAUUCAAUAAGUAUAACACAAAAUACACAUGGAUUCCUUGAUAAUAAAUAUAAUAGAUUGUAUUUUUUAAAAAAUGGAUUUAAAUUAGGCAGUAAAUUCAAAUCUAAUGGACCCUGUGUGGUCACCCCUUACACAUUUAUCGCACCAACUCAAUUAAUUCAGCCUUCUAAGAGAAAUGUAUGGCCUCAUUCAGCAAAAAGGUUCACUUUUGAUGAAAGGGCCGCAAGGAGAGCCAGACAUCGAAUGAUUGUCAAUCAAAAUAUCGCAAAAAAGAAAAUGGCAAAAAGAACAAUGAGGAAAAUGGUCGAAGCAGUAACUAAAGAAACAAGUGAAGAUCACAGAAAUUUGGCGAUUCAGAAGUUCAUUGGAGAUUUACAGUAUGUAUCUAGAAGGAAAAAGCUUCCAACUCCUCCAGGUAUAUACUCUCCAUCCUACGACGCCUUGCUUUACCUAAAGGGGAUUCCCUUCAAGGCAACAGAAAAGGAUGUGUUCGACUGGUUAAAGAACUAUGAUAUUGUCUCAGUAAUAUUCAUUAAAAAUGAAAACGGGUUCUUUACAGGAGAUGCGUAUGUGAGGUGUGUAAACAUACAGGUUCGAGAUAAAGUGGCAAAGGAGAUGGAAAAUAAAAGAAUAGGAGCCAGAUAUAUUCAAGUUUUCAGAGUUAGUGAGAAUGCAUAUCUGGAGUACUAUCACUCAGGGUACCGAAAGGAACCAAAGGAUAGGAACUUUAUAGACCCAUCACUGUUGGUGAUAACGGAAAACCAAUACAAUAAAUUACUUGGUCCAGAAGAUACAGAUACCUGUAAAACAGAAGAUCUCAUCUCUAUAGGCAAAUCAUUUGUAAAUAACCUUAAAAAUGAAGUUGACGUAAAGAAUUUAAAAACAGGAAUUAGGCUAGUUGGAACAGUGACUGAGGUCUACAGAAAUGGAGUAAUGUUAGACUGUAACAUAUUUGAAACAAGAAAUGGAGUCAAGGAAAAGGUUUUUUGUGUACUAAAAAAGAAUAGAAUGGCCAAAAAUAUCGGAUUACCAAACCAACAGUACGAGUGGCUGAGGAUGAAAGAUCUAGUACUGUACCCAGGUAUCAAAUUAAAUUUGUAUGUGGAGAAAAUAAGAGCAACUACCUCCAACAAUACAUUUGAUAAGGAUUUGUGGACUGAACAUUUUGAUGAAUCACUAAUAAAUACCUAUUUUAAUACAGAUACCGCCAACAACAUUACUCCUACAGAAUCUACUACCAUGAAUUCCACUUCAGAAAAUACCCAGGAAGCUGUUACCGUUAAACCAACUUUUAGUGAUUCAAAGGAACAAAGUAAAGAUAAAAGAGCACUUGUAUAUUUAACAAUGGACUCAAGUGUAAGUGAAGAUAAGGUGUUAUGGUGGGAAAAGAAAAUCUUAAAUUCAGUAUCUAAGACUUAUGAGAAGGUUGACUUUAAUAGCCCAGUGGUUAAGAGUUAUGUAGAUUAUAAUGCUAAUAAGGAAAAGGUAUUGGCUAAGAAGGUCAAAGUAAAUAAUAUAUAUGAGGGCAAGUCUACAGUGCAUGGAAACAUACCUGAUCAAUUCACUCUAGAUACAUCAAAAUCUCUGAAUAGCGAAAAGUUAAAUAUUUCUUAUGAAACUGAUGAUCAUAAUAAUAAAGUCGAUGAAACACUAGUCAAUUCUGUGGAGGAAAAGGUUAGUAACAGAGGAAUCCCAGAUGAUGUACCAAUUGGUAAUUUGAUAUUUGGAAAUUCAGAAACUGAAUUAAAUGAAGGAGAUCGUAAUGUAUUUGUAUUAGGAACAGAAGAAGAUCAAAAGGCUGCUGAGCUUGAAUACAUAGAUAAAAACUAUAAAAAACUGGCCGAUAAAUUCUUUAAAAACACAAUAAAGGAAAAGGAUAUUCAAUUACACGAUUUUGAACCAGAAAGUGAACUAGAUACUGAUGAUGAGUCAUAUCUAAGUGGCUCAGAGAUGAUGGAUCCUGAUGAUAGAGCUGCAGAUUUUAAUUGGAUCAUGGAAAAUGAUAACAGAAAGGAUUUGGAAAAGUUCCCAAGGUUAACGUUGUAUGAUGGAGCAAUUAAAGUGCCACCAAAUGGCUUGAUACUUAGAGUUUCUGAGGUUCCAAAGUUGUCAAAUGAACAAAUAAAGGAUGUUCUGGAACUAUUAGGAAAAGAAACAUUGGCUUCAUAUGAAGAAAACAGGGAAAGAUUGAUUGAGGUGAUUAAAAACGAGGGACUCCCGACAGAUUUGUUGCCUCAAACUCUUAUACAAAAGGGACUUUAUAGAGUUAAACAGUCGAAAGAGUACAUGAAGAAAAUAGUUAACAUAACUAAAGAACUAACUGGAAGGAAGUUUAGCAGGCAAGAUCUAGAUGAAGCAUCUACUGAAGAGUUGCAAAUGCUAGUGGAAGAGGCACUUUAUAAAUUCCUGAACUGGAACCCACCGUUUGAUAUUAAAAAACUAUUUAUAAGUAACUACCAUAAUGUCCUAGAUGAAACAAUAACGUUGCCUAACAUUAGUGAAGUAGUACCAAAUCCUGGAUUCAUGAAAUCAAGUGAUACUGAUAGCAAUACUGGAACUGAUACUAAUACUAAUACUGAUUUACAAGUUCAGGAACCUUUAGUUGAUCAAAACGAUGAAAAUACAAAAAGAAUUGAAAAAUUGUGGAACGAUAUGAAGUGGAUGAUUGUAAUCUACAUCUACGGAGACCAGAGUGAUCUGAAGGAAAUAGUAAAGCAGUUGGAAAAGGACAAAACCAUUCAACAAGAGCAGAAUCUUACACAUACUCCAAUGGACGUUGAAUCUCUACUAUUUCGGUCAAAUGAAAAGUGAGAAUCUGUACACAAGGUUAACAGCUUAUAAAAAGUUAAU